AGUAGUUUCCAAAAUAGGUGAAAAUUACGUUUAAAUUACAUUUAAAACUGCAAUAAGUAAUUCAAAUUCAAUGUUUUAAGUGAAAUUAUCAAGUGUGUGGUGCAAAAUGGCGCGCGGCUAUGUGAAAUUGUACAUAUUGCUAAGUUUUCCUUUCAUUUCUUUGUGUCAGCAAAAUACUGGAAUUGUGUUUAAUUAUAAUAACACAUACAAAUUUGAUGUUGAAUACACAGUCAAUGUGAGUAAGAAUGUGGAAUACAUUAUGGAGUUUGCUGGGGACUCGUUCGACACCCCGGCGCGAGUAACUGUCGCCAGCAACUUCGCCAACAGCACAUUCCCUCUCUUUGUCACGGCGCGACAACAGAAAGGAGUGUCAUCCUGGCAGCUGCCCAUGGUGGUGGAGGUGCCUGGCAGCUUCCAGCAGUUCACCAACAUAUCGCGGACUCUCUGUCCUCACAACAACAUGUUCGCUGAGGACGAAGACACGUGCGACGUCUCGAAUCAGAACACUCCGCUCGUCCAUCUAACGUCCUCCUCGCCGGACCCGAUAGAAGUUACUAUUGUAGUAGAAACGGUCAAAGAUUUCUACAUAAAGUUAAAUACUACUACUAAUAUAACGGUGACGCCGAGCCAGCCGAAAUAUUACUUUUUUCCUUUUAAACAGGAAAAGGAGAUGGAUUUAAAGAAACAAAGCGAGAAAAGACAGUCCAUGUGCAGCGGAGAAGAGAAAAGCGUGUUUUUGGAGAACAUUUUCGAAAGCCAAAAGUCAUUCUCGUGGUUCAGACAACCGAAGAGCGUGAUCGUCAUGAUAGAGUCAGAUGAUGAUGUCUGUGCUGUCAUAUCUAUACAGAAUUUUUCCUGCCCAGUAUUCGAUAAUGAGAGGAACAUACUAUACGACGGAUACUACCUAACGAUGACGAGGCAAGGAGGUAUUACUUUAAAUCAAGACAUGUUCCCUGUAGGCUUCUACAUAGUUUUCAUAGUGAAAACUUCAGACGAGGACUGCACGGGGCUAAACAACAACAAAACCCUACCUACCAUGGCGAGGUACCUUGGCUGGGAGCAAAACUACGUAGCCACCACGGCGAGGACUAAGAACUUCACCCUCCGCAUCAUAGCGACGAUAUCAUACCAGGACUACAUGAUCGCGGCGGGGGCGGCGCUCGGCUUCUUCUUAUGUUUCUACGUGGCGUUUAUAAUCACGGUCGUGUAUCAACGACGCAAGGCAAGGCAAGAUGCUGAGGCUAACUUGAAUGAAGCGGAAUGUAUCUCACCCCCCUCGACACCUUACGACGCGGCUAACGUGUCCGUCCGCAGACGACACACGCCUAUCAAUGUGGAGGCUGAGAGCACCUCGCAGCGGUGUCUAGUGGGCGAGGGAGAUCGCAGGGACACCGGUAAAUAUACUUACACAGCGGAAUAAUGCAGUUCAUCAUCAGACACGGAAUCGGACUAUUCCACAUUGGAUGAUAUCAAUCGGGAGAAAGAUCUCAGGAUAAUGGGGAGGCUGUGUGUCGCUAACUUAGCCAGGUGUCGCCCGCGUGUAUUGCAAGCGCGCUCCAAAAUGUAUCUCUGGAACGUUCUGACGGUAGCUGUGUUCUACACACUGCCGGUCAUACAGCUGGUGGUUACAUACCAAAGGUUGCUCAACCAAUCAGGGAACGCAGACUUAUGCUACUUCAACUCUUUAUGCGCCCAUCCCCUACUGGCGCUCUCUGACUUUAACCACGUGUACUCUAACCUUGGUUAUGUGGUGCUAGGGGCGCUAUUUCUGGCCGCGGUGUGGCGCAGGCAUGACUGGUACCAGGCCCGGCUUAGGCGAGAGAAAGAACUGGGCAUACCUCAGCACUUCGGACUUCUAUACGCCAUGGGCAUAGCGCUGGUCAGCGAAGGCAUGCUUUCAGCUGCCUACCACGUUUGUCCCAAUAGCAUGAAUUUCCAGUUUGACACAUCAUUCAUGUACGUGACAUCGGUACUGUGUAUGGUGAAGAUAUAUCAGUCCCGGCAUCCGGAUAUCAACGCGAGGGCACACGCCACUUUCGGUGUGCUGGCACUCAUCAUAUUCGUUGGUCUGGUGGGUGUGCUAAACGCUAACGUGUAUUUCUGGGUGGCGUUCACAAUCCUGCAUCUCACCACGUGUCUCAUUAUGACCUUCCAGAUUUACUAUCUUGGCAGGUUCCGAUUGGAUAGCGGUGUGAUAUACCGCGCCACACGAGAGCUGGUUUCAAGGCCAAUAGCCGCCAUAACACCUACGUAUGUUGGGCGCUGCGUGCUGCUAAUAAUAGCCAACUUGGCCAACUGGGCUAUUGCGGCUUACGGCGUGGCGCAGCAUAGUCGAGACUUCGCUUCACAUCUACUUCUAGUGCUGAUGAGCAAUCUGUUCCUGUACACGUUAUUCUACAUUGUUAUCAAGUUGCUACACAGAGAGUCGAUACGGUGGUACAGCUGGGUGUUCAUAGUGCUGACGUACACCACCUGGUUCAGCUCCAGCUAUUUCUAUUUGGACCAGAUCACUAAUUGGGCGCUAACCCCGGCCCAAUCACGACAGAGCAACCGACCGUGCUCCCUACUUCAAUUGUACGACGCUCACGACAUCUGGCACUUCAUGUCUUCGAUCGCCAUGUUUUUCUCAUUCAACAUGUACCUGACGAUAGACGAUAACCUCAUGGAUACGCCGAGGAGCGAGAUUAUGGUGUUCUAGUCUAGUUAACACUAGCAAAUGUGACGUUUUCAAUCAAAAGGUACCACAUUGUCGCUUGUCGAUAAGAUUGAUUUCUAAUUGAAGCUAUAAAGAAAUGGCGCCUUACUGACAAGCGACAAUAAGUACCCUUUUGGUUGAAAAUGGCACAAAUAAUACUAGCAAUGGCAAUAACCACAUACAAGGUGAAAUUUUAACCAGUGCGCAGUGACUUUAUAGGUCAUACUGAACAACUUUUAUUAUGGGGCCAAUGCCGAAAUUGCGGAAAAAAAUUAGCAGUUUCAUACAUUCCGGGUGAUGUGAUGCCGCUGAUUUGGGUUCAUCCAGUUUUUUUGACCCCUCUACCCCCCCCCCCAUCCCCGUCACACUUGGUCACAUUUGGCAAACCCCUCCCCCCCUGGUGUGACGUCACAUUUUUUCAAUGAAAUCGGCAAAUAGAAUUAAGUAUUAUUAACAUUUUAUCAAAAUAUUUUUGACAAAAGAAAUAUUAGUAAUUUUAUAACCCAAAACAGAUUAGGAAUGAAAAUUAAACGAUUAAAAACGAUUAUCGUUCCAAAAACUUCUUAUUUACUGUACAGCGAAUAAAAUAAUUUAAAUAAGUUAAUGUGACGUCACAAAAUGUGUGACUCCCCCCUCCCCCUUGUCACAACAUGUCACACUUUCUUGCGUCUGAACGUGUCAUGUAAUUAAUGGAUGACCCCUUUCUAUGGGACAGCCAAAUUUUUAUUCGCGAUUUCGGCAUUGGUCCCAUAAUAAAAGUUGUACAGUAUGACGGAUAAAGUCCGAGAGUAUGGCUACGAAGAGUGAUUAAAAUGUCACUCUGUAUAGUAGGAAUUUUCUGAGGUGAUUUCUUGAGUUUAAAAUCCUAAGAUGUUAAACAAAAGGUAUUGUUUUUAUGCAGUGGUCAAAAAUGGUUACUGCUUACCAUUAGGCGGGCCGUAUGCUUGAUUGCCACCGACGUGGUAUAAAAAAAAUCUCAAAAAAUUCGAACAUAAUGAGGGCUAACGCGUAUGAAUUCGCCGCUAGGGGCGCUAGUGUAGAUGGUGGUCUUUUCCAUAGUUCGAAAUGUCAAAAUGUCACUUGUCACUUCAAUGACUGACAGCUGUUCUUUAGUUUUUUGCAUGUCUUUUGGACCACCAUCAACAGAGGCGCCAACUGGUGAGCAAAAAAACGAUAGCCCUCAUUCCAGAUGUCAUUUUAAAAGGACAAAUUCAAAUCGAAAUUUGAAUUCUUAUAGUACCUAUAUUAACGAAGGUUCCAAAUUUAAAACUGCUGUAAUGGCUCGGGACUCGGGAGCUUGUACCGUUUAACCCUUUUCUUGGUAAAAAAAAGUUAGUUAAUAAAAAAUCUAACACAAAAAUACAAAAAGAGGGUGUAAAGGUAUAUUGUAAGAUACAUUGUCGGAGUUGCUUGACGACCGCCAUCUUGGCGACAUCGAGUCGGGAUUAAUUUUUUGUUUUUGCUCAUUAACGUUAUUUGAAGUGUAAUACUGAUAGCUUAUUAUGCAGUAAACUAAUGAAGACGUGUGCGGAUAAUGAAGAAUUAAUCUAGAUACGAGUUUAUCCAACGUUUUGGCGUCAACGCCAAGUAGCUCCACGUGGCCCUUGUAUAGUUGCUAUCGCUAUACAAGAGCUCAUAAUAUCACAACUACCGAACAACGUCGUGCUCUAAGAGCAUUUGGUAUUUCUACCUCUAACCGUAUCUGGAUAGAGCCCUAGAGGCCAUAAUUGUAUUAUUUAUACUUUUACCGUACACUGGCUGAUUUACAUCAAGAUUGAAGAAAUAUAACUCGAUCCCACUUUGACGUUGGCGAAAUCAUCGACAGUAUCGAUGGAGCCAUUCUACAUAAAGAUUGAUUGAAAGAUACAUUGUCAACUGAGCCGGUUGGUAAGAAGUUAUUAGUCAGCUAUGGACUGGAAAGCUUGGCUGUAUGAAGCUGAUUUGUA